UUUGCAAUAGACAAGCAUGCAUGGAGCAGCCGCUGAAAGCUGGCACAAUUUCGGGGGCUGGGAGCACAGUGGGGACUCUCUUCCCUUCUCCUGCCAGUGUGACAACAGGUAGUAGUCCCCUGUCUUUGAGCAUCUCUCUGGCGAGUCAUCUGAGAGCAGGAGGGUGCCCUGCCCUCACGGGGUGCCCAGGAGGGGAGAGCGGACCCAGGGAGGCCAGCUCUGAGGUCCUGUGAGGCUCUACACGGGCUGGCAUUGAGCAGAGCACAUGUCGGGAGCCUUUGCGCACAGAGCCGACCGUUCCCAGCCUCCCCAGCCAUCCCACCUCAGCAGCCUUCCAAUCACAGGCCUGGGACCCACUCCUUGUGCCCCAGAGACCGCCUGAAGCUCCGUGGGGAUAAGCAUAUAGCCCUGCUCUGAGAAGCGUCCCUCUCCCACUGGCCUGGCAUCCUCCAGUGGGUCCCCAAUGAGGGUGUGACUGGUGGCUGCUGGCAGAGGGGCACCCUUGCCCAACCCCCGGAGGCUAGUCUUUGCCAUGAGGAAUGGACGCUGGCCCUGGCCACGGCCCUUGUGGGAACCCAAAGGGGGCCCAAAGUGCAUCCCUCGGAAUACUGACCCUGGGACUAAAGUGUGUAAAAUAGCUCCCCUGGCUAAAGAAGUUGGGGUCUUGUGCUGUACUCUAAGCUCCAUGCUGGGAAAUGCACGAGGCAUAUACAGCUGGUUAAAGGGCCUGAAAAGGUCUAUGCUAAAGAAUCCCAUUUCACAUUUUUUAAUCCAGCUUUUCUCAAAUGGAUAUGACCUUAAAGACUUUUUUUUGUGUAAUGUGAUUAACACCUACAGAGCUGUAUGGUCCCGGCAUGGAGUGUCUACCCCAUUCAUGCCUGGGGCCAGACCAGCAUGACUUCUGGGCCUGGGAAUAGGCCCCCUUGUUAGUUUCAGCCAGCAGCCUAGCUUUCCCCACACUGGUCGUGGACACCCAACAGUCCUUAGCUUAAGCCACACAACCGGAGGAGAUAAACAGCCGGAGCGGUUGGGGGCAGGGGCGCUGAUGUGUGGGAACUGUUGGCUGGGCAGGGAGGGGGUGGGGAGGAGACGAAGGUCUAGGCUGAGACAGGAGACACACUCUGUUGGCCCGUCCUGGUGACCGCCCCCCCGCCCAGGGACAGGCCUGAAGGGUGCAACCAUGCAAAUUGGGACUUAAAUUUAACUCUAUGUAAAUGUAACUCUGUGUAAAAGUCUAGUGCGUUAGCUGUCCAGCUCAUUGUGUGUGUGCACACACACACACAGGCAGUGGUUGCACAUGGGUGGCCCUUGGACCACCUCUAGCCCACGGACAGGUUUUGUUUGACCAGCAUGGUGUUUAUUUGUUUUGUUUUGUUUCAAAGCAAGACAGGAAACUCUGGCUUCUUGCAGCUUUUAAAACAGUAGAAGAUAGGGCAGUGCUGGGCCCACGUUCCCACCUGACUGGAACUGAGAUGCAUGGCCUUUACUCAAGGCCGCUGUCCCCACCUGGUUGAUUUGUUUCCUACCGAGCCCAGGGUAUGGGGCGGGGGGUGGGGGGGGCCGGUGCUCUGAAUGGUCCCUUGGACCACCUUCUUCUGAGUCCUCUCAGAUCCAUCUAAAUGCUCUCCUGGCAUCAUACUUAAUGACUGGCUUUAGACUUGUUGUUGUUGUUUUCCUGGUCUUUAAAAUCAGAGUUUGGUCCUGUCUCUUUCCUAUGUGAAACCCUUCCCUGGUUACCCCAAGGUAAGCUCCAAGUCACCUAGGGCCUGACAUUUGAGGUGCUCAGCAGUUUGGUGCCACUCAAAGCUUGAGAGCUGGCCAGCAAGUUUAUAGAAGUUUGGAUGGAUGAUUGAUUGGAUGGAUGGAUGGUUGGAAGAAAGGAAGAAGUGCUAGUCCUGCAGGGUGUUGGGCUGAUGGGAGAGGAAUGGCAUAUCCUGAAAAGGCCCAUGAGCUUCUGGAAUUCCCUAUCCUGCUGUGCAACCAGUCACUGUUCUCUGGGGAUCAGGGAAAAGGGGUUGGCAUAGGUGCGCAAGAAGAGCUGUCUGGAAGAUGUCAGCGACCAGGUGGCUCAAAGACAAACUCUUCCUGGCCCAGGCUCCUGCCUAGACACAGCACCAUGCAUCUCCUUGGCCCCUCGCUCCUGCUUCUCGAAUACUUGGCUUUCUCUGACUCAGCCUGGAACUUUAAGCAUCCUAAGACCCUCUAUGCCUGGGAUGGAGCUUGCGUCUGGAUCCCUUGCACAUACAGUUCGGUAAAGGGUAGUGGACACACCCUAGAUAACCUGACUGUGUACCACAAUUUUACGUUUGACAAGAAGACCAAGCACUACAACGGGACCAUCCUCUAUAAUAAGAGCCUGAAAACCAAGGAGUCUACCCCCCGUCAGGAAAGGGUACAAUUCUUGGGAAACAACAGAAACAAUUGUACCCUUCUCAUCAAUCCUGUCAAAGUCGAUGACAGCGGCCUUCUGGGGCUGAGGGUGACAUCAGGGACUGACAAAUGGAUGGAAUCUCUAGACCUCAACAUCUCUGAGAGUGCUCCUCAACCCCACAUAGAGCUCCAUCAGGAAAUCCAGGAGGACCAGGAAGUCACUGUCACCUGCUCACUGAAUUUCGCCUGCCAUAAUUACCAGGUCCAUUUGCAGUGGUCCCUGGAGGGGUCUGUGACCACCUCUACUAUCCUCUCCCCUGAGAUGGUCGCCACCAAGAGCCGCCUUAGUUUCCAGCCCAAGUGGACUCAUGAUGGCAAGAACCUGACCUGCCAGCUCUGGGACCCCAUGAAACAGCGGAUACUCUCGGAGAAAACGGUGUUGCUGGAAGUGAAGCAUGCACCAAAGUUGGAGAUCCAGGUCAGCCCCGAAGAAGCCACUGUCACAGAGGGAGAGUCUGUGACCAUGAGGUGCCAGGUCAUCAGCAGCAACCCGCCGCACUGGAGUGUGUCCUGGUUCAAGGACAGGACAAAACUGAAGGAGCAGGGGACAACACUCGUUCUGCCCGAAGUGACCAGGACGAUGAGCGGGCAGUACACGUGCCAGGUCUCCAACGAUGUGGGCUCAAGACAGUCAGAUGCGGUGGAUCUCCAGGUGCACUAUGCUCCAGAACCUUCCUGGGUUCAGCUCUCCCCCUCACCAAUUAAAGAAGGAGUUACAGUAGAGCUGACUUGUAUGUCAGCAGCCAAUCCUCCUCCAGCGAAUUACACCUGGUACUUCAAUGAGCAAGAAAUACCUGGAAAGAACGGCAGGACCUUCCAGAUCCCUCAAGUCCUCGUCAAGCAUGCUGGGAGGUACUCCUGCUUGGCAGAAAAUAGUCUUGGGCCUGGAUCUGUUGACCGGGAAGCUGACUUGGAUGUCCAGUAUCCCCCCAAGGGGGUCACCACGGUGAUUCAAAACCCCACACCGAUUCGAGAAGGCGACAGUGUGACCCUGUCCUGCACCUUCAAUUCCAGUAACCCCAGAGUUACUCGAUAUAACUGGAACAGCCCAGGCUCCCAGGACCAGACAUCACAGAAGCUGACGAUUCAAAAAGUCACCUGGGAUGCACAGCCAGUCAAAUGCGAAGCCUGUAACCAGUGGUGUUCGUGGUCUCCCUCUGUCAACCUGAACGUCCUCUAUGCCCCCAGGGACGUCAACAUUCAGAUCAGCCCUCAUACAGAGAUUCAAUCUGAGAAGCAGGUCCUCCUCAAGUGUCAGUACUCAAGUAGCCGUCCUGAGGAUGUCCACUUCUUCUGGAAGAAAGAUGGAAGCCUUCUGGAGAGAGGGGACACGCUUACCUUUAACAGUAUCUCUCCAGAAGAUUCGGGAACCUACCACUGCUUGGUCAACAACUCCAUAGGACAGACCUCAUCUGAGGCCCGUGAGCUCCAAGUGCUGUAUGCUCCCAGGAGGCUGCGUGUGUCCAUAAGCCCGAAAGACGGGGUGGUGGAGGGGAAGACAGCAGUCCUGACCUGCGAGAGCGACGCCAACCCUCCCACCUCCCACUACGACUGGUUUGAUGGGAAUAACCAAAACCUCCACCAUUACGGUCAGAUGCUGAGGUUGGAGCCCGUGAAGCUGCAGCAUGCAGGCAGCUACUGGUGCAGGGGGACCAACCGUCUGGGCCAGAGCCAGUCGCCCCCCAGCACCCUCACUGUUUACUACAGUGCUGCCACCAUCAGCAGGCGUGCGGCCUUGGGAGUGGGGUUCUGCCUGGCCAUCUUCCUUCUGGCCAUCUGGGGAGUCAAGCUUCAGCGGAGUUGGAAGAGGAUUCAGAGACAGCAGGGCCUUCAGGAAAGUUCCAGUGGACAGAGCUUCUUUGUGAGGAAUUUAAAGGCUAGAAGGACCCCCCAAGCCGAACGCCCCACCUCCCUGGGGUGCUACAACCCAGUGAUGGAAGAUGCAGUCAGCUAUGCUACCUUGAGCUUUCCUCUUGGCGAGACUGACACACGGAGACUUAGAGAUGCAGGGAGCUCAGAGAUGCAGGAAAUUCCCCCAAGCAGGGACGACAGGGUCACCUAUGCUGUGGUGCAGAACUGUCAAGUGGCCGACUAUGAGAACGUGACUCCGGAGGUCCUAGACGAUGAGGGCAUUCAUUACUCGGAGCUGGUCCAUUUUGGGAAUGGGAAGCGGGCAGUGGCCCAGGAAGGAGUGGAAUACGUGACCCUCAAGCACUGAUGGGCCAAAACCUUCUCAGCUCCUGCUGCUCUGCUGGGGCAUUAUACACGUGCAUGCACGCAUGCACAGUUACUUCAGCCCAGCUGGUGCAGAGAACUUUGUAUGUGGCCCAGACACAGUGUCCCUUCUUCGCACUGGUAACCCUCCAAAGGGUUCGUUCCUGGUCCUUUCCUCUCAGCGUCUCAUCUACAUACCUACCUUGAACUGUACAAAUCUUCCCCUGCCCCUCCCCAGCCAUCUGUCACCUCCUGUGUGUGUGUGGUCUGUUAGUCGCUCAGUCGUGUCCAACUCUUUGUGACCCCAUGGACUGUAGCCUGCCAGGCUCCUCUGUCCAUGGGAUU